AUGACAUCUACCACCGAUAAUCUGAAUGACUUAUUUCCGUUGUUUGACGAAGGAACUGGGUACGGCAUUGUGAUUGGUUUAGGAGGAGCCUUUGCUGCCUUUAUGUCUUUAUUAUCGUUUUUCUUAAAGAAGUAUUUCCAGGAGGUUCAGGAUUCAGAAAUGUAUUUAACAGCGAAAAGGUCAGUCAAAGCAGGACUUAUCGCGAGCUCGGUUGUUUCUUCGUGGACUUUAUCAGCUACAUUGUUAACUUCAUCGACAUUCACAUACUUAUACGGAGUGUCUGCUGCUUUCUGGUAUAGUGCAGGAUGCUGCUGCCAAAUUUUUUUCUUUUCAAUUGCAGCAAUAGAAUUGAAAGCAAAAGCACCAAAUGCUCACACAUUCUUGGAAGUAGUCAAAGCAAGAUAUGGCCCUUGGGGUCAUCUAAUUUUAUCGUUUUAUUCUUUGAUUUACCAAUAUUUUAUCUCUGUUAAUCUCUUGGUUGGUGCUGCUCAAAUUUUUGGGGUUGUUACAGGCAUGUCGCAAGAGGCAACUUGCUUCCUUUUUCCGAUAGGCGUGGCCAUAUAUACACUCUUCGGUGGCUUGAAAGCAACUUUCUUAACAGAAUGGGUUCACACGUCUAUCAUAUAUAUUAUAACUUUGAUUUCUCUAUUUGUGUUGUACGCAACGGGGAACGUUGGAGGGUCACCUGGAAAAAUUUAUGAUUUGCUAGUGGAAGCAGCUGAAAAGGCUCCUGUUGAUCAAAACGCUGGUGGUUCAUAUCUAACAAUGAGAAGUGUUAUGGGAGGUAUGGUUGGUCUAAUCUUUUUGGGGGGUGGGUUUUCAGCGACUGUUGAUUCUCAACUAUUUCAAAAAGCUAUCGCAGCUCACCCUAAAUCAACGUAUUUAGGUUACACCCUUGGAGGUUUAUGCUGGUUCACAAUCCCAUUUUGUUUAUCGAUAACAUAUGGACUAGGGACUAGAGCCUUGGAGCUAACGGCUUCUUUUCCCACAUACCCAGAACCAUUAAGUGAGGAUCAGAUUAAUGACUCACUUGUCAUGCCGUUUCUUGCUUAUACUAUCAUGGGAAAGGGUGGGGUUGUGGCUAUUCUCUUGGCUUUAUUUCAGGCUGUUACAAGUGCCCUAAGUUCUGAAACUGUUGCUGUCACUUCAUUAAUCACUUAUGAUAUAUACAGAGGCUAUAUCAAUCCCAAAGCUACUGGAAAACAAUUGAUAAUCGUUUCGCAUAUUUUGGUUGUCACCUUCCUAAUUAUCGUUGCUUCUACAGCAAUUGGCUUUUGCCAUGCUGGGUUUUCAGUUUCAUUUAUCGUUACUGCAAUUGGUAUUUUAAUUGAUGGUGCUGUAAUACCCUCUGCGUGUACCUUGUUUUGGAAAAAACAGUCAAAGUAUGCUGUUGCAUUGGUUCCCAUAAUUUCUUCUGCAGCUUCUAUUAGUACUUGGAUAGGAGUGGCUUAUCAUAGGUCAGGUUUCGUUACUAUUGACUCUUUGAGCGAUUUUUAUCCCACGGUUGCUGGAAACAUGUUGGCUCUUACAGCCCCAAUCAUCUUGACUCCUUUAAUCACUUUUAUCAAACCAGAAAACUAUAACUUUGAGCUUUUAAAAAAUUUGAAGCAAGUUGACGAUUCAGGGUUUAGCGAAGGCAACUCUGAAAUAAAAUCAAAUCAAGAAGAACAAGAGAUUGAGAACAUAGAAUUUACAAAAGUAUUGAAGCAAAGAAGAAACUGGGCACUUGCUUCAUCGUGUUUUAUUGUCAUUUCUCUUUGUAUUCUCUGGCCAAUUCCUAUGUAUGGCUCAAGCUACAUUUUUUCUAAAGCUUUCUUCACUGGUUGGGUUGCUAUUACAUUUAUAUUUGCUUUCAUGGCGGGUGGUACAAUCAUCUUAUUUCCUAUAAUCGAAUCAAGAAGAGAAGUGUUUUUGUUUUUUAAAUUUAUUCUCAGAGAUUUGACGGGAAAGAAACUGAUUCCUGAUAUUAGCAGUGAGGUUUCUUCACACAUUGAACGAAAAGUUGAUGUAAUUAACAAGGUAGAGAGUUAUGACUCUUUAAGAGACCACGUAUAA